AUGUGGGGAAGAGACCCGAGGUGUUUCUGGGUAGUUCAGAAUGCAUGGCGUGAGGAGCUCCAUACCAACCCAAUGAUUAAUCUGUAUCGUAAACUUAAAAAGACAAAAGACCAUUUACAGAAGUGGAACAAGACCCAGUUUCGGCAUAUUAGACAUCAAGUCGAAGAAGCGAAGUUAGCCUUGGAAAAAAUAGAGUUAAAAGAUCAAAUUCAUGAAGAGGCCUUGGGGGAAGCAAGGGCGAACCUUAGCGAAGCUCUCACUAGAGAAGAGAUUUUCUGGAAACAAAAAUCCAGGGUAGCUUGGCUUCAACAAGGUGAUAGAUGCACGAAAUUUUUCAUGGCCUCAACCGCUAUUCGACGAAGGAGGAAUUACAUUCAAACAGUGCGAACAGAAAACGGUGACUGGGUAACUGAUCCGAGAUCUAUAGCCGAUCUCUUCUCCUCAAAAUUCAAUAGCAUUUUCACCAGCAGAACACGUUCAGACUUGGAUGGGAACUCUCUAAUCAACAAUCCGCUCAUCGAAGACACUACAAACCAGACACUUAUCUCUAUUCCUCUAGAGAAUGAAAUUCUGAAGUUUAUAAGAUCCAUGGGACAAGAUAAGGCACCGGGGCCAGAUGGAAUGUCGGUGGGGUUCUAUAUUCACCAUUGGAACGUGAUCAAAAAAGACUUUGUGGACAUGGUAACCCAUUUCUUCAUGUACGCCGAUCUUCCACAGUUCAUUAAUAACACUAACAUGGUUCUUAUCCCUAAAAAAGAUUGUCCCACAAGUGUUAAUGAGUAUAGACCAAUAGCUCUUUGCAAUGUGGCGUAUAAGUGCAUAUCAAAGAUAUUGGCUCUCAGGCUCAAGCCUUUACUGCCCAACAUAAUCUCUCCAGCCCAGUCGGCUUUUGUUCACGGCAGGCUUAUUGCGGAGAACACAGCUGUCUCUAGAGAGAUUGUACACUCCAUGAAGCAGAAAAAAGGAAAUAAAGGGUAUAUGAUGAUAAAGCUGGAUAUGGAAAAAGCAUAUGAUAAAAUGGAUUGGGGAUUCAUAUUAGCUACACUCAAAGGAUUGGGUUUCCAUCAAAAUUUUGUCAAAUGGGUGGAAAAGUGUAUCACUAUUCGUCAGAUGGGGUUACUAAUCAAUGGAUCCGUGCAAGGCUCGAUCAAACCAACAUGUGGGCUUCGCCAGGGAGACCCUUUAUCCCCGGCCCUCUUCAUCAUUGCAGCAGAUAUUUUAUGGAGAUUGAUCACUACAAGGAUGAAUGAGGGCUCCAUCCACGGAUUCAAAGUGUCCAGAAAUGGCCCGCCUAUAACACACCUCAUGUUUGCAGACGACGUUAUCUUAUUUGGCAAAGCCUCAGUGAAAGAAGCAAAGGGUUUCCGAAAGUGCCUUGAGGAUUAUUGUUUGUGGUCGGGUCAAGCCGUAAACUAUCAAAAGUCCACAGUCUUUUUUUCAAAGGGAGUCCCAUCAAGACUUGCCGGAGAGAUUUCGGAGUUGUUGAAUAUGAGAAGGAUGAGAAAUGAUGCAACGUAUUUAGGCCUCCCUUUAUUCAGAUCCUUAAAUAGGUCAAGGGAUAUGCACUUCUUGGUGGAUAGAGCGCUUCAACGAGUCAAGAGUUGGAAAACGAGACUACUCUCAAAAGUUGGGAAAACUUGCCUUAUCCAAUCGGUUGGCUCUUCUCUGGCAACUUAUGUCGCGGCUUCGGAACCAAUUCCCCUGAACAUUGCAAAGAAAGUUGAUAGAUGCCUUAGAGACUUUUGGUGGGGCGACACAGAUGAGAAGCGAAAGAUACACCUGCUGGCGUGGGACUCCAUCUGUCAAUCUAAAUUCAGAGGAGGCCUGGGGUUUAGGAGGAUUGAAGUCAUUAAUCAAGCCUUUAUGGCAAAAUGGGCUUGGAAAGCAUUGACAGACAAAACAAGCAUAUGGAGUAUGGUAGUGAAUGCCAAGUACAUAAAAGACAAAAACUUCCUUGAUCUUGAAAAAAAAGGGAGUGAAUCGGGCCUGUGGAAAGCUAUUUUGGAUGCUAGGAGUGUGCUGGGGAAAGGGCUCUGCAGGAAAAUCGAGAAUGGGCAUUUGACGUCAAUCUGGUUCGAUCCUUGGGUCCCAUCCUCCAAUCGCACCCCCACGCCCCUAAAGGAUGCGACCCAUGGUGUAGCUUGGGUACACCAAUUCUUGAACAACAAUAACACAUGGAACACCCAAAUGGUAAGAGAGUUGUUUGGAAACGAAGAUGCCAAUGCUAUUCUAAACAUUGAUCUCCCAGAGGUCAACACAGAUGACUCGUGGCAGUGGGUGGGAGAGUAUAAUGGUUUGUUUUCCAUCAAAUCGGCGUAUAGACUUAUUAAGUCAACAGUUUCGAGAACUAAUGAGGAAGAUGUUUGGAAGCUCAUGUGGAAUUCCCCAAUUCAUCCUCGUCUGAAGUUUCUCUGGUGGCAGGUCUAUCGGGACAUUCUUCCUACGAGAGGGAAAUUAGCACCCAUUCUCAAAGACAUAUGUGAUAUUUGUCCGCUCUGUAUGGCAUCGACCGAGACUACAUUUCAUCUCUUUUGGUCUUGUAGCUUCGUGAAAGCAAUUUGGUUCAGCAAUGGCUGGGGUAUUCGUACUGAAAAUUAUGCUAUAAGUGAUUGGAAGAAUUGGUUCGGUUGGUUUAGACAAGCGGCAAACAGUCCUCUCAAUAUUCCUUUUAAUGAUCUUAUGGUCACAACCUUGUGUAUCAUUGAAGUGGUGUGGAGUGAAAGAAAUAGAAGAGUCCAUGGGGAAAAAGAGACUGACUUGAUCCAGAUUUUAAGACUCAUUCGACUAAAGGUGAAAGAACAUUUAUUGGUAGCAAAUCAGAAGGUGGUUAACAUCCUAGCAUGGGCGCCACCUCCACCUCAGUGGGCAUGCUGCAACUCUGACGUUGCAGUUCUCCCCAAUGGUAGUAUGCUGGCUGCGGUAAUAAGGGACGACUCGGGAUCGAUUCUAUCCAUUUCAACCCAGGAAGCCAGCUAUACAGACCCUUUAGUUGCUGAAGCAAAGGCGGUUUGUUUUGCAGCGAAGGUAGCAGCUGAGGCAGCCACAACACAGUGCAACGUGGAUUUUAGAAUUGAAGCGGUGAAGAUGAGGUUUGUGCAAUAUUGCUCAAUGUUUGAAGAGUGGGAAAUUACUCAUAUUUCUCGAAUGUGCAAUUUCGCAGCACACAAUGUUGCAAAGUGGGCAGCAAUGGGGAGAAAAUCUGGAGCCUUUGUGCCUCAUGAUAUGGAUUCGGGAGUCUUGGAUGACUUAAGAGAAUGGGACCUGGGACCUCCAAACCAAUUGUCAAACUCUUGGGCGUUUGUUUUUGCCCUGUUUUAA